AUGGCUUUGGCGAUCCCAGAUGCUUUCGGGAACACAGUACACAAGCUGUGUCACUGGCACAUUAUGAAGAAGUACAGGGAGCACCUCGCAUACCUGUACAACCUCCACGAAGACCUUAAGGAUGAAUUCACAGCAAUCCUCAACCGGCCCCUCAUGCCAACUAAGUUUGAGGCUACCUGGAAAGCACUCAUGGAUAAGUACAACCUCCAUGAUGAUGCCACGAUGGUGGCAAUGUGGAAUGAGCGCGAGAGAUGGAUAUCAGCUUACUUCAAAGAAAUAUUCUGUGCCAAAAUGAUGUCCACACAACGGAGUGAGAGGAUGAACUAUGUGCUCAAGAAGAACUUCAUAAGUGAGAUACAAAACCUGCAUCGGUUUGUCAGCCAGAAGGAACAAAACACGCUGACCUUCUAUGGGUUUGACACUCAGAUGGCAAAGCUUUACUCACGAGCUGUGUACAGCGAGAUCAUAAAAAGGCUAAAAUUGAGCACUCUCUUCACGGUGGUUGCAGACCCCGUGGGAAAAAUAUUUGACUGGGAGUGCAAGCUGUGGACCACACAGACAAUUAAGGCUGACAGCGUCCCAGAGAAAUACAUUCUCAGGAGAUACACCAAACGCCCGAACAUCUAG